CUUUGCUGUGCGCAGACGCAGCAUGUGUGUAAAAGUUUAAAACGAGUUUUAGUGCAAAAUAAAAUGAAAAUACGCAGUUAAACUUGAACGAAGAUACGCUACCAUGCUACAGUUGUGUCAACAAAGAACCACGGAUAACUCUUUGAAACGAAACUGCGAUUGAAUACCGAACGAAAAAAACUAAAAAAAACUAACAAAAAUAACGUUAAAAAAUAAUGUUACCAGCGUUCAAAUAACGGUAUCUCGGGAUAGAGAGCUACGUUCUGAAAAUAGAACGCGCGAAAAUAGAAAAAAAAUGCCUCGCUCCGCAGUCUCGGGCGGUCAGGCGGGAAAACCGCACGCGUCCUGGUGGGCGACACCAUGGACCACUAUGGCCGACCUCGCCGAAGCGGUUGACGACUUUAUAUGCAGCUUCGAUUAUAUGGACACAGCCAUGGACAACCUCGUAAUGCUCAUUUUUAUCUGGAUGCUCUUCUCCAUCGUACUCCUGGGUAUCGCCAAGUGGGCAUACACCAAGUACGGGCAGAGACUCGCCGUCCAGGAAGAUGUGAAACCGCCAAAACCCGAGGAGCCGAAGAAAUCUACCGCGAACGAAAUCAUAAACAGUGCUGACAGUGUUCUAGCGACCAGUGCGAAAGUUAAGAGCGCUUCUUUCAACUCCUACAAGCCACCGAAACCGUCUGGUUUCGUCCCAGCUACUCCACCGAACAAGCGAAGAUUGGGGCGUAUGUCCCCUGGGCCAGAGCAGUUAACUUUAAAAAAACACCAGAGCAUCAUCGUCCCCACCUGCACAGGGCCCGACCAGCCGAGCGUCCAAUGGGUGAAUGAACUGUUGACGUGGUUAUAUAAUGAUCUUGUUAUUGUGAAUGAACUAGUGCAGCAAUGGAUUGUAUCCAUGAACGAGUUCUCCAAAAAGUCCGUCGAGGAGCAAGGCAUUGGCGUGGAGCUGGUGCGAGCGCUGGAGACGCAUCCUCCGCAGGUGUCCAACGUCUUCUGCGAGUGCGACUCCAAGGAUGACGUGACGAUCACCUGUGACUGCGAAGCGACGCCCGCCUUCCAGCUGAAAGCUUUCAGCCAGAGAGGAGAGAAGGUCGAGGUCUCCCACUACAGGGUCAACGUUAACAGGUUCCGUGCCCGCCUGCACGUCACGUGUGUGACCGACAAGCUGACCGGCGACCUGAAGUGCGACGGCUGGCCCGAGGUCAAGGUGGCCCUGGCCCCCGUCGGGCCUCUCAGGCCCAAUGCCACUGAGAGCAACCUGCAGACUGCUAUAAGCGACAUAGUGGUGAGCGCGCUCCGCAACACGCACUUAGACUUCAACCUGUCCAUGUACCCCACCUGUCCCCGACUCCGGCGGCAUUUCGACACCGGCCCGCGGCUGCCGCUGCACUAUGACUCUAUGCUCCAGCACGACCGUCAAAUGUACACGUCGACGCCGAACUCGACGGCCGGCAGCGUACAGCUGCUCGGAGAGAAGCGACUGCUGGUCAAAGUCGUCGCUGCCAAGGAUAUUGGAGGCAAGUCGGGCUGCAUAGCGCCAUACUGCGUGGUGGAGAUGGACGAGCCGCCGCAGAAGAACCAGACCGCCUUCAAGAAGGACACCACCUGCCCGCAGUGGGAGGAGCACUUCCUCUUCAUCGUUCUGUUCCAGCAAGGCAUUGGCGUGGAGCUGGUGCGAGCGCUGGAGACGCAUCCUCCGCAGGUGUCCAACGUCUUCUGCGAGUGCGACUCCAAGGAUGACGUGACGAUCACCUGUGACUGUGAGGCGACGCCCGCCUUCCAGCUGAAAGCUUUCAGCCAGAGAGGAGAGAAGGUCGAGGUCUCUCACUACAGGGUCAACGUUAACAGGUUCCGUGCCCGCCUGCACGUCACGUGUGUGACGGACAAGCUGACCGGCGACCUGAAGUGCGACGGCUGGCCCGAGGUCAAGGUGGCCCUGGCCCCCGUCGGGCCUCUCAGGCCCAACGCCACUGAGAGUAAUCUGCAGACUGCUAUAAGCGACAUAGUGGUGAGCGCGCUCCGCAACACGCACUUAGACUUCAACCUGUCCAUGUACCCCACCUGUCCCCGGCUCAGGCGGCAUUUCGACACCGGCCCGCGGCUGCCGCUGCACUAUGACUCUAUGCUCCAGCACGACCGUCAAAUGUACACGUCGACGCCGAACUCGACGGCCGGCAGCGUACAGCUGCUCGGAGAGAAGCGACUGCUGGUCAAAGUCGUCGCUGCCAAGGAUAUUGGAGGCAAGUCGGGCUGCAUAGCGCCGUACUGCGUGGUGGAGAUGGACGAGCCGCCGCAGAAGAACCAGACCGCCUUCAAGAAGGACACCACCUGCCCGCAGUGGGAGGAGCACUUCCUCUUCGACCUGUCUCCGCAGACAGCGGAGCUCCUGUUCGAGGUGUACGACCGCACUGGCCCCCCCUCCCCCGGCGGAGGUUCUACACAACAUAGGUUCCUCGGUCUAGGCCUGGUGGGAAUAGACGAGCUGCUGGCCGCGCCGUCCCAGCGGCAACAGAUCGCGCUGCAGACCCGGCCCAUGGAGGAACACGACGUGUCCGGGACACUCACUGUGGAGUUCCUGUUCAUAGAAGGCGCCGAUAUCCCCGACCUAGGCUCGCGGCCGUUCAAGAUCAAGGAGAGCCUGCGGACGCUGUCCCCGCAGGGACACAUGACCACCACAACCAAGACUGUCUUCAAGCAGAAUGGUCAUGACAGCAAUCAGCUGACGGAAUCGGCGCUGCGAGAGCUGGAGCUCAGCCCUACUAGCGCUGCCAAUAAGUCCACACUCAUCAUACACUCCGUACAGAGGGAGCCGAAGAAAUCUAUAAAGGUUGAACUAACCGAUUGCGGCAAAUUCGUCGAAGUCGAACGGGAGUUCAUAGACAAGGAGGCCCAAGAGAAACCCAUAGAGGAGGUAGAGGAGGGUGUGAAACAGAAAUCGGUCACCCCCAACCAAUCUCCAGGAAAAAGUGUGAGGAUAAAAGAAAAUGGCGACAAAAUACCUGAGAACGGAGAAGCGCAAGGGGACUACGUGAACCGAGAGAACGCGCCCCCCGAGCCCGCCCCCCGCCAGAAGAGAAGGAGAGACUUCUUCGGCACCAUCAAGAGAAGACUGGGUCGCUCCCGCACUCGCGGCGCGUCGCUUGACCUUCCAGACUCGGACAUAGACAACCAGAGUCGCAUACGCAGCGUCAGCGCUGAGAGAAACAGCCAUGAAAAAGCCUUAUCCGUCCCCAAUAGAAACGUAUAUUCGGCCGGCGCGUCGCCCGCGCAAUCCGGCGACGAAUCGAGGACUUCCAGAAGGUCCUCUCUCAGCGAAGUGUCCGGAUUCAGUACGGCGUCCGCCCGGACGUUUAUCCAUGAAGCAUCUACCCUGGUGCUGGAGACCAUAGAGGCUGGCAUCAAGAAGCACUACCUGGUUCCCCUGACUGUGGCGCAGAGGUCCCGGUGGCGACGGAAGGGCGUCAAGCUCCAUAUUUACAACGAGCACACGUUUAUCGCUAAACAUCUGAGCGGCGACCUGUCUCCGCAGACAGCGGAGCUCCUGUUCGAGGUGUAUGACCGCACUGGCCCGCCCUCCCCCGGCGGAGGUUCUACACAACAUAGGUUCCUCGGUCUAGGCCUGGUAGGGAUAGACGAGCUCCUGGCCGCGCCGUCCCAGCGGCAACAGAUCGCGCUGCAGACCCGGCCCAUGGAGGAACACGACGUGUCCGGGACACUCACUGUGGAGUUCCUGUUCAUAGAAGGCGCCGACAUCCCCGACUUAGGCUCGCGGCCGUUCAAGAUCAAGGAGAGCCUGCGAACGCUCUCGCCCCAAGGACAUAUGACCACCACCACCAAGACUGUCUUCAAGCAGAAUGGUCACGACAACAGCCAACUAACGGAGUCGGCGCUGCGAGAGCUGGAGCUCAGCCCUACUAGUGCUGCCAAUAAGUCCACACUCAUCAUACACUCCGUACAGAGGGAGCCGAAGAAAUCUAUAAAGGUUGAACUAACCGAUUCCGGCAAAUUCGUCGAAGUCGAACGGGAGGUCAUAGACAAGGAGGCCCAAGAAAAACCCAUAGAGGAGAUAGAGGAGGGUGUGAAACAGAAAUCGGUCACCCCCAACCAAUCUCCAGGAAAAAGUGUGAGGAUAAAAGAAAAUGGGGACAAAAUACCCGAGAACGGAGAAGCGCAAGGGGACUACGUGAACCGAGAGAACGCGCCCCCCGAGCCCGCCCCCCGCCAGAAGAGAAGGAGAGACUUCUUCGGCACCAUCAAGAGAAGACUGGGUCGCUCCCGCACUCGCGGCGCGUCGCUUGACCUUCCAGACUCGGACAUAGACAACCAGAGUCGCAUACGCAGCGUCAGCGCAGAGAGAAACAGCCAUGAAAAAGCCUUAUCCGUCCCCAAUAGAAACGUAUAUUCGGCCGGCGCGUCACCCGCGCAAUCCGGCGACGAAUCGAGGACUUCCAGAAGGUCCUCUCUCAGCGAAGUGUCCGGAUUCAGUACGGCGUCCGCCCGGACGUUUAUCCACGAAGCAUCUACCCUGGUGCUGGAGACCAUAGAGGCUGGCAUCAAGAAGCACUACCUGGUUCCCCUGACUGUGGCGCAGAGGUCCCGGUGGCGACGGAAGGGCGUCAAGCUCCAUAUCUACAAUGAGCACACGUUUAUCGCUAAACAUCUGAGCGGCGGCACCGUGUGCGAAGUAUGCACCAAGACAAUAGCGCGGCGCCUCGGCAAGCAAGGCUACGAGUGCCGCGACUGCAACCUGCGCUGCCACAAGCACUGCCACGUGCGCGCGCCCGGCACGUGCCCGCACUCCUCCGUGCACAAUAUGGAGCUGACAUACAUUUCGUCACCAUACACCGACAAGAAUAUACGGAUGUUGUGAUUCAUGAAGCGCUUAAACUGCACAAAACAUCACCAAUAUUACCAUCUACUUAAAUUAUAACAAAAUAUAUACCACAAAUCUCUCUAAGUACAACACUUAUGUACGCUAUUAUAUACAUAGGCUUUUUUACAAAUAUAUUUAUAAUAAAAAAUAUAAUUCUAGGUUUAAGAGAAACAAACGUAGAGGUUCUGAAGCGUCGCUGAAAAUAUAAAAUACUUUUGAAAUUUUCCGCUUUCUGUCACUGAUAUAUUGGCAUAUAGAGUUAGUUUAGGUAUCGCUAGAACCCACCAUCAAAACCAUUAUCUCUAAUGCAAAUAAUUAUUAGAUAUUUAUAUUGGUCAUCACCACACAUUGCCUAUGACGCCAGCUUAAUCAAAAGAGAAUUUCAACAAAAUCUCUACCUCAUUUCCUCAAAGUUACGACAAUAUAUAACUUUAUUCAAAGUUACCAGAAUAUACUAUCGUUUUUGUUGUUUUUAUGUUGUUAUAAAAUUUUUAAAAUGAAUAUUGUAUAACUCGAAUAACUAUUUAUUUUAGUGACCUAAGUGCUUUUGCACGAAACGUGAUCUGUUAUUUUGGGUUAUUCCAAUAAACCCAUGGAAAAGGGGGUUUCUGGAAUUUUUCUUUGGAACUUUUUGGACAAAAAGUUUAGCAGAGGUUUAUUGGAAUAGCUGUUAUUUUUAAUGUGCAAUAAAAUACUUGCGCUUAGAGCUUCAAACCUACAUUUUAAAUUAGUCUUAAAUAAUUUUGGCCAUAGUACAGUGACCACCAAGUUUGAACCAGUACUCGUAGAUUUCUUAUUUGUAAGUGUGAAAUUGAGUUUCGAGUGACUGAUUUUGUAAUGUGCUACAAAUUUUUCAAUUAUUUUUAUUUUAUAAUUGGCACCUACCUAUAUAUUGGUAUAUCACCCUGUUCUCUCAAAAAGAUUAUAUGUACUUAAACUUUUUUACUAUCGCUUACCUAAUUCAAAAAAGGCAUACUUAAAAAAUACAUAAAUUCUUGAAAAGCCUCGCUAAUCGACAAAAUGGUCGAAUAUAACGAAUAAAUAAGUCAAAAAUGGCCUAAAAAGUGUGUUCUUAGUUGUAUACAUGAAAUAUUUGUAGCAUUUUAAAUAUGAUAAUUGUAUUCAUAAUAAUUAUUACAUGACACUUCUAUUUGUACUCUUUUGGUGAGAUGUUAACGCAUAAUGUUAU